CUGCAAAUAGGAACCGGUCGGCGUUCUCACCCUUCGGGUUGCCGUCGGGUCACCCGGAAUAGUGCAGAUCGAAAUAGGCCGCUGGCUCAUUUCCUCUUCAAACGAUUCCAUGGAAGACGCACUCGAGAAGGCCAAGCAGCGCUCGGAGGACGUGACGCACAAGUUUCUCCAGACCAAGGACGGCGCUGCCAAGGUGCUCAAGCACUUUUUCGGCUGGGACCAUGCCACGGCCGACGUCGAGGACGAGGCGCCGAUCGAGCUCGAUAUGGUGCCCAUGGAGCCAACGAUGGCUCUGCAAACAAUGUUGAUGCGCGCUGCGGCCAUCGUGCAGGCGCCGCCCGUGCUCUUGCCGCAGUCGAUGGCCGACGUUGUCUAUGAAGCCACGCUGCAGCAGCUCGGCGACUUGCAAUUCCGCGUCUUCGCCAUGAACGCAUGCAAGAGCUACAUUGAGCAGCGCCACUGCCUCGUGCGCGAGUAUUGGGCCAAGCUCGCGCAGCCGCCGACGCCACCGACUGCCGAGCACCACGCGAGUCUCCAGAGCACGUUCAAGAUGCUCGUACCGAUCUACCGCAACGACGUCAAGAUUCUUCGGCGCAACGUCAAGCAGUAUGAAGCCGCCGCGUCGUCGGCGCUCGCACUGAAGUACAAGCGGUAUCCCAACGACCAUGCGAUGGCUGUCGACGAGCACGAGCUGCGGCGCGAGGCGGCCGAGACGUCGUCUCGGCUCUUGGCCGACUUUCCCGAGACCAUCUUGUCGCUCGAAGCGCUCGAGGCCCACGACGCGACGCUGCUCGAGCACCAUGUCUUUGAGCUCGAGUACAUGGUGGCGCAUGCGCGCAUCUGCGGGGCCUUUUACGUGACCAAGGCCAAGCACCGCGCCGACGCCGUCACGACGCCGUUGACCGACACGCGGUCGGCCGACGAUCUCCAGAGGGCUUUCACCGACGCGCUCAGUGCGUACGAAGCGAGCGCCGCGGCGCUCCAAGCGAGUCUUGCCGCCGACACGCAGUUUCAAUUGGAGCAGCAGGCGCGCGCCGCACCGUCCAUCUUUGUCGCCUCGGCGCACUCGGUGCUCUACGGCAAACUCCAGCGCGCGGCGCGCAAGGUGCGGGCCGAGUGCCGUCUCUCCAAGACACUCCACCAGCUCGUCUCGCUCGCGCAAGCGCACACGCAGGUGGCUUCGAUUGUCGCCAGCGACGCAGUGCAUGCAGCGGUCGCCGCGGCGGUCGUCCAAGCAUCUGCCGCGCUCACAAGCACCCACGAAGCCCAAAUCCACGAGGCAGUGGAGGCGCAUGCGCGCGAACUUGAAGCGCUCGAGCACCCCCACACGACAUUGGACAAGAGCAUGGAUGUGGCCGACGUCAAGAGUGCGCACAAAGCCGAGCUCUUUGCGAUCGUGAGCCUCACCAAAGUCGUCGCCCGUCGCAAGGCGCUCGCGCUGCGUCGGCAUGCCGAAGCCGAGUUUGCACGCCUCGAACACAUGCAAGCGCAGCACGCAGUCAUGCUGCAGAAGCUCGAGGCCGAACUCGAGACGCGCGAAUCGCUGGAGCAUAUGCGCUUGCUGGCACGGCUCGAGAAGCGCAAGCUGGCGCGCAUGGCGUGCGGGUCGCCCGCCACGACGACGAGCGACCCGUUGCCCGCGGCAACGGCCAUGCUCGAAGAAGAGAAGGCCAAGAUCAUCGAGGAGAAGAAAAGCGAGUGGCACGAGGCCGAAGUUGCUUGCGCCAACGACGUCCAAGCCGCCGCGGUCAAGGCGAUCGCUGCCGAGGCCGUCACCUUUGGCCUUGGCCCCGACACGGACGUGAUCCAGGGCCUCAUUGCGCAACUCCAGGCGGUCGACUUUAGCCGCGCGCCGUGCACGAUCAAGCAGAUCCACGCGGUCGAGAAGGUGCUCUUGAGCAUGCGUGAGAGUGCACAAAAGCCCCGGCGGAGCGGCGCCAAGACCACCGCUGCCCCGCGCCCGUCGCACAUUGUCGUGGAGAAGGCGAAAAAAACCACGUUUCGUUGAUACACUGCAACAAUGUCAACUUGAAACUAAAGGUUUCCAUCCUUCAAUCAUAAAAUCUAAGUCCAAAG